GGGAUAAAGAGCAGAAGGGGGCAGUGUGGAGUCUGAAGUCUUGAGGUCAGCUCUUCCCUGAGGCCCAGUUGAAGGACACAGUGUUUGUUUUUCUCCAUGAAGAAGACACUGGGGACAGAUCCAAGAUGUCCAGUCCCCUGGAAGAGGCCAUGGAUGUGACGGUCUCCACCUUCCACAAGUACUCCAGUCAAGAGGGUGACAAGUUCAAACUCAGCAAGGGAAAGAUGAAGGAACUUUUGAAUAAGGAACUGCCUAGUGUUGUAGGGGAGAAGGAGGAUGAGGAGGGGCUAGAGAAGCUGAUGGGCGACCUUGAUGAGAACAGUGUGGCACUGUUUCUGGCACUCAUUGCUAUGAUGUGCAAUGACUUCUUCCUGGGGUCCCCAGCCUGGCCCUGGAGUAGAGAGCUCCACUCUCUGUCACAUGUCUUCUUGGCUAACGGGGCUCUCUAUCUUUCUGAAUCUUGUACUAAAUAAACUUUUGUUUGUUUGUUCAUUUGUGGAUGAUAUUGCAAUGGCUAGCGAUGCUUUGUGCUUCUGCUAGAUCAGUCAAAGGGCUGGAAACAGAAAUUGCUAUGAUUUCCAAAACCUUCUGCUCUCCAACUCUCCUGAGGCCAAAGGCUCUGCUCUUUUGGAUUUCACAUAAACAUCAAGAAAGUGGGCUUCUCUCUUUUUAUUACCAUGAACAAAGGCCAUUUGCCCCAGAGGUCCUGCCUGGCCUUGUCUCCCAGCCCUACAUAUGUAGAGAGGUCAGAGCACUGAGAGCAAGUGGCUGUCCCAUGGUUUGUCACUGGGCUCCAUCCUCCUCUUCAGAGCUCUGUCUGCUCUACUCUGCAAGUGGCCCACACACAUCAGAGUUUCCCAGGGAAAAGAGAAAACAGUCAGAAAAGCACUGCCUUUACUUGUGUUUUUAUGGUUAUUAUCCAUCUCCUCUUUUAUUAAAAAAACAACAGCUUUUUUCCCCUUCUCUUAAGAUGUCAACAUCCCCAGCUAGAAGUAGCCAUAUUACUUUGCUAAGCCCCAAAAGAUGUAGGUGAAGCCCUGCACAGAGAGGUCAUUUCUGCCAUAUUAACAAGGCAAAGGCUCUUGAGGACAAAGUUUUUCAGCUCUCAUCAUCACUCUGUCUUCCACCUAGAGCAUGGACAAUGAGACUUGGAGGUAUAGCAGCCGUGUUGUGAUCAGGAAUCAACAAACACGGUAUAGCGGAACGUGUGUUGUAGGUUUAAAGAACAAAACAAUGAAAGGACACUAGAUUUCACAUGUGUCCCUGGGCCCUCUACCCAACCCCAACUACCUACAGCAGACUUAUUAUGUAAAAUGAUUAAAGACACUGUCAGCCAAGUUUUCUACAAUUUACCGCUGAAAAUAAAACUCCAAAUUAGUAAA